AUGGUUUUUCUCCUUGAUGGGAAUGUCUAUCCUAAAGGGUAUUAUCAGGUGGUACUCAAUGUAGGCCAACCCCCUAGAUCUUUCUUUCUUGAUGUAGACACAGGGAGUGAUCUCACUUGGCUCCAAUGUGAUAUACCUGGCGCCAAAAAUCUUCCGGGUCCUCACCAUCCUUACAAACCGAAUAAGAAUUUGGUCAAGCAUAACGAUCCCAUAUGUGCAUCCAUUCAUGGUGCAAACCCUCCCAGUCACACUCCUACCGAUCAAUGUGACUAUGAGAUUGAGUAUGCGGAUCAUUGUUCAUCCUUGGGAGUGCUGGUCAGAGACGCAUUUCAAGUAAAAUACACUAAUGGUACCUCCAUUGCUCCUCCUCUGGUGUUUGGUUGUGGGUAUGAUCAAGAAGUGCCACGCUCUGGGCAUUCACCACCUUAUACAGAUGGAAUUCUCGGUCUAGGAAAUGGAAAAUCAAGCAUACUAUCACAAAUGAGUAGUAUGGGUUUAAUCCGGAAUGUAGUAGGUCACUGUUUAAGCAGGAAAGGUGGAGGUUUUCUUUUCCUUGGUAAUGACAUUGUCCCGUCUUCUGGGAUUGUUUGGUUACCUAUUGUACCUGCAUCUUCAGAGAAAGAGUAUUCUUUGGGACCAGCAGAUGUCCUAUUCAAUGGGCAAGCAACUGGAAUAAAGGGUAUACCGAUAAUUUUAGACAGUGGAACUACCUUUACCUACUUCCAUUCCGAAGCCUACAAGACCCUGUUGUCUUUGAUUAAGAAAAACAUAGACCCAAAGCAACUGACUGAUGCAGUGGAGGACAAAAGUUUGCCCGUCUGCUGGAAAGGCUCCAAACCUUUCAAAUUCCUUAAAGAUGCUACCAUGUACUUCAAGCCGUUGACACUUAGUUUCACAAAAGCUAAGAAUAUACAGCUUCAACUGAUACCUGAGGCAUAUCUUAUUCUUACUGAUAAGGGCAAUGUAUGCUUAGGGAUAUUGAACGGUUCGGAGGCUGGAAUAGGAGAUGUUAAUAUGAUCGGAGAUAUUUCUAUGUUAGACAAACUGGUGAUUUACGACAAUGAGAAACAGCAAAUUGGAUGGGCUCCAGCAAACUGCAACAAACUUCCAUCGUUGUCCUGUGAAGAUUUUGGUGACAUAUCAUAG